AUGGCGGAAGAGCACAUACAGGCAAAGCUCGUCACCUUGUUAAAACAGGAUAAAAUUCAGCUCUGGAAAUCUCCAUUCACUACAGACAGUAAUGAAGCUGGACAUGAACAUAUGCAGGAGCUUGCUGUCCGGUAUUCCCCAGCUGUCAGAUUCCCUCAGCCUGAUGUGGAAUUUGCUCUGGAGGAAAUAAGAUGUCAAACCUGCAGUGAGACAAAUACUGCAACUCUGAAGCUUAUGUUGUCAAAAGAAAUUAAAAGGGACUUUGAAACGAAACUCGAUAUAACUGCUGAAGAACUGAUGAAUAAGAUCAAGGAGAAAUUUAAUCUCAAACAUAUUCAGCUGAUUUUAAAGGGAAAGGUUUUGUCUCCUGAUAAGCGGCUCUAUGAACAGAAUGUGAAGAACAAAAGUAAAAUCAUGGUGCAAAAGCUGAGUGACCCAGAGGAUAAUAGAAUGAUGAUUGAAAAAGAGGAAAAGAAGCGAUGUAAUGAAGGAACUAGGAAAAGGACUCUGAAGGGCUUCCAGAUUCUCUCAGAAAUAGAUGGUGGUGAAGAUUCAUUAACCACCCCUUAUCUGGAGAUAGCAGAUCAGAAAGGCAACCCUAUACACAUCCCACUCCAUGAGAGAAAGGCGCUUAUCCUGGCAAUGGGCUUUCAUGAGAAAGGCAGAGCAUUAAUGAAGAGAAAGGAAUAUGAAACAGCUCUCUCUUAUCUGCGUUCAGCAGAUGAGCAGUUCAGUAUAUGUGGUUUUGUGCUGCUGAACACAGUUGAUAACUAUGCAGUGCUGCAGUUGGACAUUGUGUGGUGUCACCGUGCUCAAGAGGCACUUAAGUGUUUGGAGGAAUGUAAACAGAGGCUGCAUAAAGCUGAGGACUGCUUCCUUAAAUGCUAUGGCGAAGAGAAGAAGAGACUGCAGCAAAUCAAGGGUACUACAGGUGGAGAAGAGGUGCUCUUCCUAAGGCUUUAUCUCCUCCAGAGUCUUCUGGCCUACUGGGAAGGUAAUGAGACCCAGGCUGCUAAUAAACUUCAAAAGGUUGAGGAGCUCUGCAGUCAUUUGCGUGUAGACCCAGAGAAGAUGACCCAGUUGACGAGUAUGGGAUUUAGCGAGCAGGACGCUCGUCUGAGCUUACGAGCCUGUAGAGGCAACGUGGAUGGGGCAGUCCAGCACAUCCAGCGCAGAAGAAACGAGCAAGAAAAGAGUCGUCUGCACCUGGAAGCCAUCAGCACACUGGUAGAGCUUGGCUACAAAAGAAGUGCAGCAGCCAAGGCCCUCCAUAUGUCCAGCGGAGAUUUGAAUGAUGCUUAUAGGUAUCUUCUAAGUGAAGCUGGGAGCUAUGACACUUCUCAGCCAGAUUCAGACAGACAGAUCAACGUGGAGCAGAUGACAUACCAGGGCUUCCAAAGGGAGGAGGCAGAAGCAGCUCUAAGUUUGGUUGGAGAUGAUGUUCGUCAGGCCACUGAGCUCCUCAUGGAGAAUCAGGGUGUUAUUCCUCCAGAGUUACGUCCACCCUCAUCAUCUGAUGAGCCCAGCACCUCAUCUGAGGACUCGGCAUCUGGGUCAAGCAGUCUGGAUGCAGAGUUGGUGAAUGAGGUUUUGGAGGACAUCCCCAGACAUGAGGAGGAUUACUUGGAUGUGACUCUGGAGGAGGAGGAGGAGCUCAUUGCUCUAAUGAAGUCUUAUCUGCAAAAAAGCUCAGCAUGUUCGAGCUAAGCAUUGUAAACAUUGUAGAAGAUCCUAUAAAGUGAGUUUAUUUUGUACUUUUUUUUUGGUUAAUUAUAAUAAUUUAUAAUAAUUUAUGGUUAAUUCAGUUCCUACAUGGCUUCUAAAUGAAAAAUAGCAAAUAUUAAACAAAUAAACUGGGUUUAAUCAUAAAUGUUAU